AUGUUUGUCUCUGAAGUAAAGCUUACAUUUACUAAAACCGAAACUCGAGAUUCUAUACAAGAAGCAACAACGUCAUUAUUUCAACGUGGUGGUACAUUAAAUCCAGCCGUAUCCAGUCGUAUUGUAGCACAACAACGUGCUGGUGAAUUAAAUCAAAAAUUAAAUUAUCAAAAACCCGAAGAAGAAAUACAAGUUACAGAAGAUGCAUUCAAAAUAUUUGAAGAAGAAUUAGAAAUAAAUGAUUUUCCACAAAAUGCACGAUGGAAAGUAACAAGCAAAGAAACAUUAGCACAUAUUUGUGAUUAUGCUGAUGUUGGUAUGUCUGUACGUGGUCAAUAUUAUCCAAAUAAUAAAGAAGUUGCACCGGGUGAUAGAAAACUUUAUUUACAAAUCGAAUCCUUAACUGAACGUGGUCUUCAAUUAGCUAAAGCUGAAGUUGCUCGAUUAAUUAAAGAAGAAAUGAUGAAAAUGCAAAAUCCAGCGUUACAACUUGUCAAUCGUGGUCGUUACAAAGUUGUUUAA